UGCUAGUCUGAUCGCCGAUCGUCUGGCAAAAACAGGACCUUAAGGAAGCAAGAAUAUCGACACACACAACCCCUCUCGCCUAACUUAACACUGACAAAAUGAAAGCAAUAAGCCCCGUGCGGUCCUUCCGGAAAAACAACGCGAAUAUAUCAGAGCACUCCUUGGGAAUCUCUCGGAGCAAGACCCCGGUGGAUGACCCGCUCAGCCUGCUGUACAACAUGAACGACUGCUACUCCAAGCUGAAGGAGCUGGUGCCCAGCAUCCCCCAGAACAAGAACGUCAGCAAGAUGGAAAUCCUGCAGCAUGUAAUCGACUACAUCCUGGACCUGCAGAUUGCGCUGGACUCCAGUGUCGCACUCACCAGCCUGCAUCACCCUGCGCGGCCGGGGCAGACUCCAUCCAGGACCCCUCUGACCACCCUCAACACAGAUAUCAGCAUCUUGUCAUUACAGUCCCCGGAGUUGCCAUCAGAGCUGAUGACAGAUGACAGCCGGACUCUGCAUCGCUAAAGCGGUGUUUGGUCAAGACGCAAAAGAAACACACACACACACACACACACACACACACACAGGACCUGGGGAGCAGAACUUUCCCCCCUACCCACCACACCACCCCCACCCGUCCAACCUCUGUCCUCCAGGCCUGGGAUUUUUUUUUCUUCCUUUAAAAAAAAAAAUGCUGAAAUCAAGAGACUUUUGCUUAUUAUGGGACAAUCUAAUGUGAUGUGUUUUCUGUAUGGACACUUCAUUAUUAUUUAACUUAAGACUUUUUUAAUUUGUAUUCGUGGUUCCUUUCUGGAAAUGGAAGGCGCGCUAUAUCCCCGACAGAGGGAGGAAAAACGAGAUUAUUGUCACAAGGAUUAUUUCCCCCUCGCAGCUCUGUCUCUCUCCUUGUUGAAGUCUUCGCUUUUUUUGCGGAGGUGCGAACGUGAAAUAGAAAAGACAACUUGGUUAGUUACUGUACAAAGUUUUGUCUCGUCUUGUCAGAAUUGUUGGCACAUGAAGGACUGGACAUUGUUCAAAAGUAAAAAUGAAAGAAUGAAAACCUUGUGAACUCCCAUCGAGAGUUUAUCUUGUAUAGUUGCAGGAAUUUGAAACUUCUGCAAAAGUGUAAUGUUGUACUUAAUUAUGCUGAAACUUUUUAUAAAAGUAAUGUAAAUUGUACCUUUUUUAUACAAAAUAAAUCAAAAACGCAA